GCCCGACACCAAACGUAAACAAACAGCUCCCGUACGUUUUAAAUCCCUCGAACUGGACUUCUGGCGAUAUGUUGCACAGCACACAGACAUCAAGAGCAAUGGAGGAUAUUUACCUACCCUUUUAGAAAACAGAGUACACUCUAGUGUUGGUGCCAGGGAAGGAGACCAUGGAGAGGCAGGAAAACAGAACAAUAAACUCUGGAAAGCCAGUAAAGCCCCUUGGAGCACUGCUGGGAAUCCUGCCUCCAUCAGCAGACCCCGUAGUCUAUGAAGUGGUGAACACCUCGAUAAGGUCUGGCCCCAGCAAGAGAAAAAGGAGAAAUUUAAAAAGGAUGAAGCAAAGAGAGCGUUUAAGAACACCACCCAGCAUGCCCCAGAUCACCAGUGAUAUACCAAGACAGACCAGCCCUUCCUCCUCCAUAUUUUCCUCCCUUAUACAAAGUGACGUUCAACCUGUCCCCUCCAUCCAGUCAGAGGACAUCAUCCCACCCACUGAGCCACAAAACACCGCCCAUCCCCACCUUCCAAAAGUUACACACUCCUCUGUUCAGGCCAGUGACAUAUCAUCAUGUUCUGAGGUUGAGGAAUUUUUAGCAGCAAGUCAGCAGCGGCCACCAAGGAAGAAAGCAAGAAAGAGGAGAUGCAUCACAUCCAAGUUGAGCUUAUCACAGAGCUCCCAUAGUCAACAGCCACCGCAGGCCGCAGAUAAAGUGCAAAUUAUAAAAGAGGUGCUUCAUAUUCAGUCCAGUAGCAGUAGCAGCACCAGCAGUAGCAGCACCAGCAGUAGCAGUAGCAGCACCAGCAGUAGCAGUAGCAGCAGCACCAGCACCAGUACUAGUAGCCUUCACACCAAUGCAGGCACCAACAGAAAUCCUGACCCAGGCACCAGUAGCAACAUUCCCAUGCAGGAGGCUUCAUUUAUGUCACCAGACUUCCUUGCACCCAUUGCAGCGAGAGCUGUACACCAGCCUGCUAAACCUCCCAGCAGUAGUGGCACCAACAGCUUUCACAAGAAAAAGCCUGCCCAAAGCAUGACUCAAGAGCUUUCAUUUGAGUCACAGAGCUUGGUUGCAUCCUUUGUGAUAAGAGAUGUACAUCAACCUGCAAAGCCUACUAAACAGUCCAAGUCCAUUCACACACUGGCUCAUAGACAACAAGGUAUUAAGGCAGGAACUGUCAAGCCUAUUCAUGGUGCUACUACUCAUCUACAACACACGAGAAACAAGGCUAGUGCCUUUCAUCAAAGAAAAGUAACCUUUCAGACACCCAUUGCUUCUGCAGUCCAUGGUUCAGGUGGUCACUGUGAACCUGACAAUUAUGUGUGGCCUGAGGCAUUGAAUGCUGGAUGGCAGAAGGACGUCACCCUCAUGUCCACGUCAGACUCAGACCAGAGUGUGUACUAUGAUGCAGCCUCACACCUCACCAUUUUUAAUGAGUCAUGUGACAGUCCAUCUGACAUACAAAACACAUCUUGUCUUCCUACAGGCCAACAAGGUGGCACAGACUCCUCCAGUAGCUUCUCCUCCAAGCUAGAGAGUGAUUACACCUCACACUUACUUUCAAGCUCUGGCUCUAGCACCUGUGUGCCAGAGUCUCUGCUAAACAAGACUGUGAUAUCCAACAAGCAGUCAUCAGGUGCAAUCAAGAGGUCAGUACAGGAGGCAUUCAAGGAGAGAGACCCUCCAGCAAGUCGAAAGCAGAUCAGAAGACAUGAACCACAACCUGACAGGCUGCAGGACAAGAGGCAACUCAACCCUAAACCGAGAACAAUAAGGAAAGACCAAACAACAAGUGGAUGGAGUUUGCAGAGGAGGCAGAGACAAAACCACAAAGAGAUGACUUCACCAAAUCAGAGCACUAGAUACCCAUGGGAAACUAUGGAAAAUGAAGUCAGCAGCAGCACCUCCGAACCCCAGAGUGAGGGGGAGUUAAGUGGCCAACAAGUGCAAGAAACUAAGAGACCACUACCAAGAAAAGUUGCAAGAAAAGUUGCAUCAAGGCUGGAGGACAGUGUUGUGUCCUCAUCUUGCAGCAGCAGCAGCACCAGCAGCAGUGUCCUCACACAGGAAGGGAUGGACUGCAUUCAAACUAUUGGGGAGGUGUUCAAACAGUACUUUGGGGGCACUGUGGAGGACAACCUGUCAUUGAUCCAGAAGAACAACUACAACCUCUUGGAGUGCCUAAUAGAGCUCCAGGCAGCUCCUAAACCCCCCCUCCCUACCCAGUACCCACCCCCCUCACCAGCACCACCACAAGCUCCUCCAUGAGUUCAUCCCUGUCUGAUGCUGAUAGUAAUGAUGAUAAUGUUACUGAAAACAAAGAGGCUGUGAGCUUAUCAAGCUUUACUUUUAGUUUAAAUUUUAUUAUACUACACUGUAGUAGGGGAAACAGGUCUUAUAUUUUGAAAUGGCCUUGUCUGUACUUAAGUCAGUUUGGGUGGGGCUCAAGCUGCUCCACAGCACUGCCGCAUCACCCUCAAUACAUCAUUUCAUCUCAUAUGUCAGCUAUUUAUUAUUUGACAUGGUGUAUUUAAUAUUCUGUUUACAUUAACCCUUUCAUUGCACAGGGCGAGGGAGGCGACUAUCCCCCCAGGCGCACUCUGGCAGCCCAAUGGGGGGAGGGGGGUCUCUUUUAACCUCUGUAUCUCAAAAACUAUUACUCACAGCAAAAAAACAAAAACACCAUUGGAAAGAGGAGGCUCAGAUCUAUAAGAUUCGGUUAUGUAUGCCUCUCUUGCGAACGUACAGGCAUGUUCAGGGGAUGUUGUCUGUGAACACUUACAUCUGUGCGUGCGCGACGGUCGGCCAUAUUGGAGCAACUGCAUAGUCAGCGUAGAUCUCUUGAUGGGGUGCUGGCAGGGUAGUAUUGCUAACUUCAAAAUUUACAACUAUUUGGUCAAAAAAUCAGUCAGGUGCUAGGUCAAGCUAUGCAAAAAUGCCGCUAUAUUGGACAACAACAUCCACCAGUUACUCGUACGUAGAUUUUACGCGCUAGGCUGAUACGAUUUUCCACCAAAUUUAGUGGAAACCCCACUGAAUUGGCAAUGCUGUGGGAUGAGAAAUAUUGUUGGAACACUCUCAUACACGGGAAAUUUGAGUGCAACUGGCUGGAGCUUGCAGCGAGCAUUUAGCAAUACCAGCAAGUGACGCUACCACUCGCUGCGAGCGUUUAGCAGUUUAAGGGUUAAACAGGUGCCGUGCACAUCUCGUCAAGUUCAAGCUCGGGCUGAGCUCCAGAGGACCAACAAAACAAAUUACUCCUUCUUUUGAUCUGUUCCACUUUGUACUGCUUCCUCUUCCUUUUGUGGCAUGCCUGGGUGUGGAAAUAAGCAGAACAAGUUCCCCGAUAAGUCAUUCUACAGAUUACCAGCUGUGGAAAAGAUAGGGGGAUUGAAAGGAGAAAAAAUAACACAAGAAUGCUGAGGACAGUGGCUGGCAACCUGUCGACAGGCUGCCAGCCACUGCCUUCAGCGUUCUCAUGUUAUUUUCUCUCCUUUCAAUCCCCGUAUCUUUUCCACAGCUGGUAGUCUGUAGAAUGACUUAUCGGGAAACUUGUUCCGUUUAUUGCCACACCCCAGCAUGCCAUAAAAGGAUGGCAUUUAGGCAAAAAGACGGUCUUUCAGUAUCAACGGGGGAGCACAGUGGCUCCAGAGCCCCGUUGCAAUGUGUGAACAGUUACUCUGGUGCACAGCACCUAUAAGUCUAUAUAGUGCUAUGCAUAAGUUGCUUUUUAAAAUAAUGGCAAAGAAUUGUAUGAACUCAAUAACACGUGACUUUUUAUUUCCAACGUGUCAGCAAUCAAGACACAAUGUCACUUCCUCGCCUCCAUGCUUGAUGGUAGCUACUCCAAUGGUUGUUCUUACCCCGAAGGCUAGAUUUGGCAGUGCUGUAGCUCCUAGCGAGCCCCACCCAAACUGACUUCAUGUGUGUAUCAGACUAGUAAUUUCUGCUUAACAAAAAAAUGAAAAAUUGGUAGCAAAAAAAUCAGAACUCACCAGAAAUAAAAGUUUCAUCCUCAUGUCCUCAUAAUAUGUACAAAUGAGGAAAAAUAUGCACUGGGCCCUCACAUAAUAAUGAGGGGAAUGGACCUUGCCGCCACCAAUGAUAGCAAUCUUUUGGCAGCAGCAGCUGCAGAGUCCACCGUCCUUGUUGUCAUGUGAGGGCACAAGUGCAUAUUUUUUCCUCAUUUCUAUGUUAUGUGAGGACAGAGCUUUUACUUCUGGUGAGUUUUGAUUUGUUUGCUAUAAAUUUGCAUUAUUUUUUACAAUGAAAUCAUUAGUUUUGCAUGUAAAUUUUUGGCAUAGGUCAUCACCAUAUACAGUCACCUCUCGAUUAACGCGAGGGUUACGUUCCUGGAGAUGCCGCGUUAUUUAAACAUAAUUUCCCCAUAGGAGACAAUGGUAAUAGGGGGGGUUACGUUCCUGGACGCUGGGAAAGUCUGCCUAUUUUGGGGAUUUUGUUACUCUAACCUUAAAAAAACAUUAUUAAUACAUUAGUGGGUCACGGAAACAGCAAGGGCACACGUUCUCAUUUUGUUUAAAUUUGUUCUUCACCUGCAUCGGCCACCGUCCCUCCUCGCCCCGCGCUCCCUUCACCUCCGCCACUCCGCCUCGCUUGCCUCCUUCCUCUUCCUUUGACUGCCCAUGCUGUUGGUGACAAGGAUGACUCCUUUCAGUUGGAGUUUUCUAAAGAAAGAAUUGCUGCAUUGCAUUUGUGAGUCGCUGACACAACAAAGACGCAUCCUCGCACUCACUAGCAUCGCUUUGUUGAUGCGUCGCUGGUCAUCGUCGUCGUCUGCCGGGUCCUCGCCCCGCUCUCCCUCCUCUCUCCUCACCCCGUCCUUCCACCUCCUGUGAGGUGGAAGGACAGGGUGGGGAGGGAGGAGGGAGGGCAGGGUGGGGGUUCGGCGGAUGGUGGUGGCGACCGGUGACGCAUCAACAGGGUGGUGAUGGUGAGUGUAGGGACGUGUUUUUGUUGUGUCAGUGACUUGCAAGUGUGGUGUAGCAAUUCUUUCUUUAGAAAACUUUAGCUUGGGGGAGUUGUCUUUGUCACCAAUAGCAUGGGUGGUCGGGGAAAGAGGAGGGAGGCAGGUGAGGCGGGGUGGUGGAGGUGGGGGGAGCGGCUGGUGGCGGGGGCGCAGGGUGGGGAGAGGCGGUGGCCGGCGCGGGUGAGGAGCAAAUUUGAGUAGAGUGGGAGUGUGUGUUUUUAUUGUUUCCGUGACCUACUAAUGUAUUAAUAAUGUUUCAUUGAUGACAUCACGCUUGAUGACGUCAUCGAUGCAACUCGUGUUAAAUCGAACAUAUCGUGUUAGAUAAACGUUUCUCCUUAAAUAUUAAUUCAUGUUAAAUUAAAAAUGCGUUAUUUAAACUCUUGUUAAUCGAGAGGUGACUGUAUCUCAUGUAUCCAAUAAUGACUGAUAGUGAAGAUAAGGUAAUAGAGGAUGUUGAUGUGACCAAAAAACUGAAUUGAGUUUGAGUUAGUGAUUCAUAGGAGAGGAGAGAGAGGGGGAUAAUGGUGGAGGGAGAUUGGUCGACACACAGCAGGGUGAGAGCAAGAGGCACUGCUUUGAGUUACCAGCACUUGUUUCUCCCAUGCACCAUACUAAAUAUAAGAUGAAGAUCAAAGAUUACAGUACCAUCUUGAGUUUCGCACUAUCCGAGUUCCGCGGUUAGUUCUAAAUUCUUACCAUCCCGACUUUCGCGCAUUAUCACCCCGAGUUUCGCGCUGCUUUGACACAUACGGGUCACGUCUACUUACCCUCAGUGUCACACACACUACCUUUAAAGGUAAUAUCACACUGGACGUUUUCCUCCAAACAUUGUGGCUAUGGCAAGAGAGAGAGAGAGAACGGGUCGUUUUGAAGCCGCAGUUGAAGGUGGCUGCCUUACGAUUGGCUGACAGUUCUGAAUACACGCUUGUGAUUCGCUGGGAGUACGAUGACGUCAUCGCCGACGCUCACCCUAUCAGCGGCUUCACUACCUUAAGGCAGUGUCACAAUGGCCAUUUUCGUCUAACCAUUGGGGCUACGGGCAACACCCAUACGCCCAACCGGGAGCGAGUUCACAGUUAUCCGUAAGCUGGUGUCACACAGGGCUUUUCCUUCAAACUGCGUUGGCGCCAGCUAGGGCAACCGGCAACUUCAACUUUUCCUGGUGUGCAUCACACACGGCCAAGGUCGGUUGCCUGUAUCCAU